AUCCAAGCCAAGCUUACCAACCGAGCCCGCACGUUUUGGAACUGGCGCGCUUUAUUUCAGGCGCACUCCGGGAACAUGUCAUUUGCCUGAGUCUUUCUUUCUUCCGUGGUUUACUUUACAGUAUAGCCUGACAUAACUGUACUUGCAAUGGAGGAGCUGAAGAGCAUAUCGCAAGCGUGUUUUGUUUCGUUGCCUCGGAAAACAAAACCAAACAAGCUUGUGCGAUCUACGGAACAGGAAAUUGGUCGCAGGUACACAAUAUUCCGGGAGACCUGGGCAUUCUUGGAAAGUGAAGUGCUGAGGUGCCAGGCAGAGGCACACACUGAUGUUCUCAACAAUGUAAUGUCAUUUGUUCAGUCGCAUAAUCCUGCCUUGACUGAGGCAUCGCAGAGACUGGAUAUACCUGUUGCAGCCCUCAUGAUGGGUGUCAACAUGUCUGACCACAAUGCUGUCUUCGAUCUUCUGGCGACGAAGCUGCACACAUCUGUUACUCAGAUGGUUGCUAGGCUACAUGCAAAGGAUUGCAAUUCCAUUGCUGCUAUGAUACAGAAAGUCGUCAUGGACAUUAUGCAGAGAUCUGGAUCUGAAGAUGCCGAAGUCAAGAGAAAUGCAUGUACGAUGUCCAUGCUGGCAGAAUGGCAUGAAUCAGCAGUGGUUAAGAUUCCAGGCUCACCAUCCAAGCGACAGAAGAAAAGCGUCUGUGGAAUUCGCAAGGAAGACCCUAUUAUUGUCAUACUAGAAGACUUAGAAGGAUUUAAGGUUUCGGCCUUGCAAGAUUUCAUACUGAUUUGCAGCAAAUAUCUGGAGAAGCUGCCUAUAGUUCUAAUCUUUGGUGUUUCAACAACUGUAAUGGCAAUACACAACAUGAUCCCACAGAGUGCCUCAUCAUGCCUGGCCAUUGAGACAUUUUUUCCCAUGCCUGUCACGGAGUACUUGAGUCAAGUUUUCGAGAAGGUCCUUUUAGAGCCGUCCAUCUCCUUCAAGCUAGGCCAUGCUGUCUUCCAGUUUAUUGUGGACGUCGUGCUGUUUCACGACUUUUCCCUAACAAACCUGCUUCAGAUGUUGAAGAUGUGCAUGUUUGAGCAUUUUUAUCAUAAUCCUGCUUCCCACCUCUGCUGCUGCCAAGAAGAGCUGAAAGAUGUCCUUCAGGGCAUGUCGCAGAUGGAAAUGAAUGAUGUCCUUGGCCAGCCAUCAUACCAGAGGUACUUGAUGAACAACAAGGUUUCAUCAGAAGUAGCAUCCAAGAGAAUUUGUAGAAUGGUGAAGGAUUUGCACAGCCACCACAAGAACAGUCUGCUGUUACUUCAUGUGUUGUAUGAGUUUGCCAAAAAGCUCCCUGGCUGCUCCCUUGGAAAUCAUCUUCGGGAAGUCUACAUGACAUUUCUUCAGGCACCUGUGUGCGAGACUGAAGAGUUUAGCAAGUUGGUCAAGCUGAUUCGUGUAAUGUCCAUUGACGAGUUACAGAAGAGGAUUGGUGAUGCUUUGUCGAUUCUUGAGUCUCAUAAAGACCUCUCACAGGCUCCUACAAGCAUUGCUGAGCUGAAAACCCACCUUGUGGAAUAUAUCAAAAAAUUCACAGCUUUGACUGGUGACAUUUCUGAAGCACAGGAUGCGAGUGAAACAGCAGAGCCAGUUGUCUUGGAAUGGGGGAAGCUGAGGAGCAGGUCACAGUUUCAAGAGAAACUGAAAAGUCUUACGAAGACAAAGCGAGUGUCUCCCUUUGAAGCAUUGAGAGACGAAUUUUCAAGCUUCUUUUCUGAAGCAUUUAGCGAUCUGAAGCCACCGGCAAGCAUGCCUCUUCAUGAAGUACUCUACUAUAAUGACGCAGCGGCACUGAAGCAGUACUUCACACCAUCUCCGAGGACAGUCCUACAUGCUGCAUUGGCUAGGCCUCAAACAAUACUUAAGUGCGAAUGCUGCAGAAACACGAGCAGUUGUAACAUCUCUGCAUCACUUCCUGACCUGAGCAUCAGCUACAAGUUGCACUUGGAGGGUGGAAAACUGAUAAACUUGUAUGACAUGAUGCAGUCUUUCAAAUCUGUUAAAUCUGGAGAAAAGAAGCUGUCAGCACAAGAGGAAAAAAUCACCGAAGCCCAAUUUUUUCGAUCAAUAGCUGAACUUCAGUUCUUGGGCCUUGUGAAGCCAACCCUAAGGAAGACAGACCACGUGCAACGUAUGACGUGGGGAUUCUGCUGAUGUUAUGUGCCAAGGUUGUUGUUGAUAAACAUUUGUAUUAUAUUA